AGUAGUCCAAGACCUUGCUGAUUAUGGAAUCUCUUAGUGUGAACCUGAUGAAGGAGGAGUCCGCUGGUUGGACUUCUAUCUUAUGUGGGUCGCUGAACAUCCAUCGUUCUGCUACUCUUGCAGACGAUGACGAUGAUUGCUCAUCCUUGGCCAGUGAUGCUUCCAGUGGCAGUUUUAGGCUUGAAGUUAGCUUAGGAUGUUGGGAGAAGGGAGGAAGCGUGAAGCAUGAUGCUUUUGCUAAAGAUCAACCUUAUAAACAUAACGAUGAUUGUGGGGGUUGUGGAUUUGAAGGAUGGAACUACGGCGCCAUCAAAGGUCGAGGUGCAUCUGCUGCUGGAAAGAAUUCAGGGAGGAAAGAAGUAGUGACCAGAGGACACGAAGAGAUGGUAAUCAACUCAAGUGAAGGCGCAGCUUCCUCGCAGUCCAGCAGCACCAAGGUGAGGAACAGAGAUCAACCUACCGUUGAUUUUAGCAAGACAUAUCCAGAUGAACAACAUGGAGGAACCAACACAAACAAAAGAAGGCUUCUCAAGUGGAGCUGGAUUAAGCAAUUUUAGAUGGUUGAUCUGGAUUUUUUAAUGUCAAUAUUCAUGUGCUCAAAUUUAAAGAGGCAUGAAAAUCAUCUUCUUAAGUGCUUCAAGUUCUUCUAACAAGGUGGUUUGAAGAAAGUGGAACUUGUAUGGAGGCUAGAUGGGGAGGAAGAUCGUGCAUGAGAGAAAAGGGAAUAAAAAAAGGCGGAAGAUGCAUUCACGAUUUUAAUUUGAGGACAUUUGUAUAAUUGAAGGUUGGAGGCCAGCCAGCAUGAAGAAAAGCAAACCUACCUCUUCACUGAAAAAGAAAAAGAAAAAUAUCGUAAGCGUACAGUAUCUGCAAAAUCCAGAGAUAUUUUUCAGUGAUUUGUCUGGAUUCAAUCUUGCGCCUUUCAGAUGUUAAAAAAUUGUUGCAUAAACUUCUUGUACUUGUUACGUGAAAUUUGUUCAGUAAUGUAUAGUACC